CACUCACGGCCCUACAUGGCCUCCCUGCAGCUGCGGGGGACCCGGGGCAGCCAUUUCUGUGGGGGCAUCUUGAUCCACCCCAGCUUCGUGCUGACGGCCGCACAGUGCCUGCAGAAUACACCCCACAACCUGGUGAACGUGGUGCUUGGAGCCCACAAGCUGCAGGAGCCAGAGCCCACCCAGCAGGAGUUCUCGGUGGCCCAAGUGUUCCAGGACGGCUACAACGCAGAGAAGGACCUGAAUGAUGUUCUCCUGAUCCAGCUGAGCCGCCCAGCCACCCUCAACGCCUUCAUCGCCACAGUCCAGCUGCCACAGCAAGACCAGCCGGUGCCCCACGGCACCCAGUGCCUGGCCAUGGGCUGGGGCCGCCUGGACACCCACGGCCCCCUGGCCCGGGUCCUGCAGGAGCUCAAUGUCACCGUGGUCACCUUCCUGUGUCGGCAGCAUAACAUAUGCACGUUCGUGCCCCAGCGCAGGGCUGGCAUGUGCUUUGGAGACGGAGGUGGCCCCCUGAUCUGUGAUGGCGUCGUCCAGGGCUUACACUCCUUCAUGAUCAAAGGAUGUGCCAGCCGCCAGUACCCCGACUUCUUCGCGAGGGUGGCACUCUAUGUUGACUGGAUCCACUCCACACUGCGCCGUGUGGGGGCCGAGGACAGCCCCCGAGCCUCCCCUCCUCCCACGGCCCCGGUCCUCCUUGAGGAGGAGGCUGGGGAUAGGGAAGCACCCUGA